AUGGCAACCACCGCUGCCGAGAUCUCAGAGGAACCUUCCGUCCGCAAAUUGCGGUCUCGGGCCCAGAAACGCCCCCUUCUACAAUCCCAACUUUCUCAUUCUAGCACGGCUUCCGAAUCGAACGGCGUGGAAGCUACCAGCAAUGGCCAUGUCACUCCCCAGGCAAGCGGCUACUCGACGCCUAUUCCCAGUGAUGCCCCGCCAUCUGUCAAGUCUCUCUCGACCGUGCGCAAGCAGGUGAGAGCAGAGCAACGCCGCCGCCUCUUCCCUACCGUCGAGUUCGCCAGUCGUGUCUCCCACUUUGACCCAAAUAGUGACCAUCGCGAUUUUCAUGGCUUCUUCAACCUCUUCUGGAUCGGCCUUGCCAUCAUGGCCAUUACAACCAUGCUGCGUAAUAUCAAGGAUACAGGGUAUCCAUUCCGCGUACAGAUAUGGUCUUUGUUCACCGUGAAGCUUUGGCAUUUGGCCAUCGCUGAUUUCUUGAUGGUCUUCUCAACCGCCGUGUCUCUACCUCUCCAUAGGCUGUUUCGUGCUGCUCCGGCGAACAGUGUCCUGACUUGGGCAAGAGGUGGCAUUGUCAUCAUGAGCAUAUACCAAGUCUUGUGGCUGUCUGUUUGGAUAGCCGUCCCGUUUCUGUUGGAAUGGACUUGGACUGCUCAGGUUUUCCUCUUGCUUCAUACCAUGGUCCUUCUGAUGAAGAUGCAUUCAUAUGCCUUCUAUAAUGGUCAUCUCAGCGAGACUGAGAAGCGACUGCGCGCGCUGGAUAAUCCAGCUACCGCCUCUCGAGCUCCUGCCUACCUCUAUCCGACCCUUGAAAACCCUAUGGGCUCCCUGGCCGGCGCGAUAACGACGACGAGUAGUCCAAAGAGUCGGCCUGGCGAUGAUGACGCGGAAGAGGUGGCUCAGUUGCGCGAGGUCUUGGCCCGUGAGCUGACCAGUCCGAUGGGCAACAUCACUUACCCAACAAACUUGACCUGGUCCAACUAUUUCGACUACUUGUGCUGCCCAACGCUCUGCUACGAGUUGGAAUAUCCGCGAAACGAGCGCAUCGAUUGGCAGAAUCUUUUCUCCAAGAUCCUUGCAACAUUUGGUUGCAUCUUUCUCCUCACUGUCAUCUCAGAGGAAUUCAUUCUGCCCGCUUUGAUCGAUGCUCAGAACCGACUCAACCCGGCAUCACGGCCAGCUAGCUCACCACUGACGGCACUGGAGGUUCUGUUGAUCUUGGCUGAGACUAUCUCAUGGCUCCUCUUCCCCUUCAUGCUGACCUUCCUCCUCGUCUUCCUUGUUAUCUUCGAAUAUGUACUUGGGGCAUGCGCUGAGAUGACGCGCUUUGCCGACCGCCACUUCUACAGCGAUUGGUGGAAUAGCACCGACUGGAUGGAGUUUUCGCGCGAGUGGAAUGUGCCUGUCUACAGCUUCCUGCGUCGCCAUGUCUAUUCAGCCAGCAGACCCUACAUUGGCAAGGCUAACGCAACCGUCAUCACCUUCCUCAUUAGCGCCAUCGGCCAUGAGAUUGUCAUGGCCUGCAUCACAAAGAAGUUGCGAGGCUAUGGGUUUGUCUGCCAGAUGUUGCAGCUCCCUAUUGUCAUGCUUCAGCGGACAAAGUGGGUGAGAGGCCGCAAGACUUUCAAUAACGUUUGCUUCUGGUGCAGCAUGAUUCUGGGCUUGAGCUUGAUCUGCUCCCUUUAUGUCUUGGUGUAG